AUGAACAACCUUGGCAAAGAAGAUUUUCAUGAACACAUGAGAAGGCUUGGCAGACUCGUCCAUCCUAACUUGUUGCGUCUUGUGGCUUAUUACUACUGGGAAGAGGAAAAGCUCUUAGUAUUUGAUUACAUUCAAAAUGGAAGCUUGGUCAGUCAUCUUCAUGGUAAGCAUUUAUUGGACCAACCAUCCCUUGAUUGGCCAUUUCGGUUGAAAAUUGUCAAAGGAGUCGCAAAGGGUUUGGCUUAUCUACAUGCCGAGCUUCCAAGUGUAAGUUUACCUCAUGGCCAUUUAAAAUCUUCUAAUGUGGUUUUAGACAAAAAUUGCCAACCCCGGCCCCUUAAUGGACUAUGCCGGUCCCUGUUGUCAACCCUCACCAAGUCCAACAGUUACUUGUAG